AUGGUGCCCAUGCAUCACAAAUGGAAGAAGCGAUACUUUGUUCUUUCUUCGGGCCAGCUUCCCGGGCAAUGCAGGCUGUUGUAUUACAUGGACAACGCUAAAACGCAUCUGCGGGGUUCGAUUAAUUUGGACCAGUGCGAACAACUCUUUGAGGUGGACGCGUAUCUGACAUUUGAAUCCAAGAACCAGCGGGUUCGCUAUGAAUGGAUCUUCGAUAUUCGAGUACCGAAACGCGUGUAUUAUUUGGUUGCCAUAAACGAGUCAGAGAUGAACUCAUGGGUGAACGAUUUAUGUUGCGUAUGUAAUUUGCAAAAGGAGGACGAGCCUCAGUCAGGUACUGAAAGAAGUUCUCUCAUUACGCAUACCGCGAACGUUGACCAAUGUGCCGAAAACAACAGCUUAGCUGCUGCGACUAAGUACAGCAACGGGUUUCCGAAUCGUGUGCCGCUUGGAAAUUCGACGAUGGUGCAGCCUGCUGAUCGGAGCACCGUUUCAGUAGCAAAUGGGGCUAUUAACAGGACCAGUGCUCAGGGAUACAUACCUCUGACGGACUGCAUCAGCGGACCUCCAAGGCCGGUGCGAGACUUACGGGAUCGUUUCCAAAUGAAUCAUAAACCUGCCGCCACCGUCGUCCCUGUUACUGACAGGCCUCCUACCAUGGCCAGUAGCCCAAGUUCGAAGGCGACUGUCGAUUCCAGUGCAGCCAUGGAUGUGAACGAUGGACAGUGCUUCGGGAAGGGUAGCGAGCGCGUUCCUUUCGUCGAGCACGUUACAUUAAAACCGGAAUCCAUCCCGGUUCCUCCGCCACCUCGCUCCCCCGCACGAACGAUACCACACGACAUGUGUGCCAUCAGCCGCUGCUCUCCUCCCCCUCGACCACCGAAACGCGGCGAAUUCACGGCGACCGACAGAAAAGAUAUUGGCUGCUUUCUGCCUCCGGUGAUCGACUCAUCCGUUUCUGAAGACGAGUUUCACAGUCUGCCUCGAAACCAAAAACGCAAAAUAAGCAGCGCGGCACAGUGUUCAUUGUCGUCUUCCUUCUUUGAGUCCAACACUCUACCACUUCCCGUUCGGAAUAAUGACCUCGAAAUGAGGUCUGACGAAGAGUCGAAGAUCAGCGGCAGCCUGCAGAUCUCUGACAGCGCUUCGACUAUCUCAAAUUCAGUGUCCAGUGAAAACGUUCCGAUGGACGACUAUCAGAACAUGACUCUGCCUCCAAAGUCCGCUGGUUUGCGGCUGCCACCGACCGCUGAACCUCCUGAGGUGCAUCGGGAGUUAAAACCCCAGCGGUACAAAACAUCGUUCGGCAGCAACGCUCUGCAUAUACCUUCCUCCAAAGAGACACAACCUCACUUGCCUUAUCGGAUCGACCGCGAACAGAAACCGGGUGUCAGUGGCAUUGGCCGCAGAAACGUUAACGUCUCUUCAAUCGAUUUGAGCCGUAGAAUCAGUUUUUCUAAAAGGCGCGACGCAAACGGCGCAGAAUCUUCCAGCAGGGUUGGAAUGGUGAGCCCGCGUCGCCGAAGAAGGGCCACGUCUACGAGUGCGUCGUUAACCGAAUCGGACGAAGAAGAAGCUUCAUCAGAUGCCGCCCCUCAAAUGGAAUACGUUGAACUGAAAGAAGAAGAAGCGACAAGCGCCCUUAGGCUGCCACUCUCAACGACGACCGGAUCGUCUGUCGUCGAACAGACCACCGGCAAGCCGCUAAUGAAAACUUCUUACGUGAUCAUUAGUCAGGAAAAAACUCAAGCUUUAAUUAAGACGAAAAGUGAACAAGACACGAUGUACCGCAUAGGUACACUGGAAAGAAGCCCUAAAUGUCCACAGAAGAGAAUGUAA